AUGAAUAUGAACCCUUUGUUAGGAUUUGUCUUAGCAAACCAAACGAAUAUUGCUGAAGAAGAUCUCAAAGAACGUAGUAACAAGAAAGUCAAAUGGAAAGAUGCAAAUAUCGAUUUGAGGAAGAAUGAUUUGGUUUCCAACCAAGGAGCUGCAACUACAUCAUAUAAGGAGAUAGUCCUUAGAGAGUCCUUAAGGGCAAGGGAAGAAAGGCAAAGAAAAGUAACACAAGUGGAAAACCUAAAGGAACUCGGAGAGAUGAAGAUAGAAGAACGCAAAAUUAGGGAAUAUGAAUGCCCAUAA